AUGCGGCGGCCGCCGGCGGGGAGACGAAGCGCUGGCCGAAGACGAGGACCCGGGCCGGCGAGCCCGCGGUCCGCACCUGCGUGCCCGGGAGCGGGUAAGCGCUCGGAGCCCGGUGCCGCCCCGGGGAGGGGCGCCGGGGCCCCGGCGGCUCGCAGUCCGGCCACCCAGAUGGAGCUGGGCGGGGAGGCGGCGCCCUCCUCAGCGCCCCGCGGGCCCGAGCGUCCCGCCUCUCGGCGCCUUCGGACGCGGGGGGCUCGCCCUCGAACGCCGGAAGGGGGUCCCCGGAGGACCUGCCCGGCCGGAGGAGCGCGUCGCGGGGGGCGCCGUCCCGAGCCCCAGGAUGGAGGGUGGGUCGAGGCAGCGCCUGGGGGCGGCUGCGGGAUGCCUGUCUGGCGCGCGUUCCCGGAGAUCUGGCGGGCGGGAGGCUUCCCCUCACCCCCGGGCCAGGGGCUGCGACGCCCCCCGCCCCAAGUGGCCCAGGGCGGCCGAGGGAAGGCGGGCGCCGCCCCCUGUCCGCCAGGUCCGGGGCCGCUCCUUUCUGGAGUCGGAGGAACGUCUAGUGUGGAGAGCGAAACCCGGCGGCCCUAA